UUCUCUGCAGCAGGGAACAAAGGGACCGGGCGGCGCGCGCCGCUUGCAGCCUUUUGACAGCUGAUUCCUUUAUUCGGGGGGGGGGGGGGGUUAAUCCAGGUUAACCCUUUCACGCCUACAUAAUGAUCACCCUUUCCCCUCCCCACCCACGAUUUCCUUUCUGGGGACCCUCCCAAACGCCCCCCUCAUUGUCCCCUUCCCCAGUUGCAACGCUCCAGGAAGGCAGCGGAAUGGUAUAACCUAAGCGUUCCCACUCCUUCACAACGCUCCUGCAAGCACAGAAUGGAUCCUGCCCAGAAAGAAGCCGCCAUCUUGUGCGUGGUGCAGACUGGGACAUUGAUGAUGGAGUACCUGCGAGCUAGCAGUGAGGCGGCGGCGGCAGCGGCUUCCCGGCGGCAGUGGGCCUUCUUACACACCUUGGAGCAGCGGAGAUGCAAGGAAGAAAGGGAGGAAGAAUCCAAGGAGGAGGAGGAAGAGGAGGAGGAGGAGGAAGAAGAGGUCUUGCUCCCCAGGCAGGCUUCCACUCCUGGCGUUCGGCGUGGCAGCCGUCUCCGGAUGGUGGAGAGGCGCUUCUGGGCACGGCCCCGCAGCACCGAGUGGUGGGACCACACGGUCUUGGAGACGUGGGACGAUUCCCAGUGGCUCCAGAACUUUCGGAUGCGCAAGGCCACCUUCCUGGAGCUGUGCGCCCGGCUCUCUCCGGCUCUGCAGCGCCAGAAGACCCGGAUGAGGAUCCCGCUGAGUGUGGAGAAGCGCGUGGCCAUCGCUCUGUGGAAGCUGGCCACCUCUGUGUGCUACCGCGACGUGGGCAACCAGUUCGGGGUCGGCAGGUCCACGGCCGGCUCGGUGGUGCUGGAGGUGUGCCGAGCCAUCCAGCGGGUGUUGAUGCGUCUCACGGUCACCCUGGGCAACAGCCUGGCGGACAUCGUGGACGGGUUCCGCCAGAUGGGCUUCCCCAACUGUGCCGGCGUGGUGGGCACCACGCACAUGCCGAUUCUGUGCCCGCCACAUCAGGCAGCGGAGUAUGUCAACUCCAAGGGCUAUUAUUCCAUGGCCCUGCAAGCCUUGGUGGACCAUCGGGGCAAGUUUACCCACCUGAGCGCCGGCUGGCCAGGCAAGACGCACGAAGCGAAGAUCUUCAAUAAGUCCACCUUGUUCACCAAAGGACAGGAAGGGACUCUCUUCCCCCCGGGCGCGGUGGACGUCAACGGGGUGUCUGUCCCCAGGGUCAUCCUGGGAGGUCCGGCUUACCCCCUUCUCCCGUGGCUAAUGGUUCCUUACACGGUAGAUCUGGAUGACGCCAAGGAACUCUUCAACGCCACCUUGAAGAGGUGCCAGGGGCCACUGGAGGAGGCCUUCGGCAGGUUGAAGGGCCGGUGGCGUUGCCUGACGGGCCGCAACGAUUGCGCCGUGGAGAAUCUUCCCCGCCUCAUCUCUGCCUGCUGCGUCUUGCACAACAUCUGUGAGGAGAAAGGGGAGGCGUACGAAGAGGUGUGGGAGGCCGAGGCCAGGCAGUUGUCCGGCACCUUUGAACAGCCCCUCCAGAGGCCGGACUCUCGGAUCAAGCCGGCGGCCCGGUCCGAGAGAGUCCGGGAUACCCUCUGUGCCUACCUGGCCAGUGUGGCGUGAAAUGGAAAGGGUGGUUUGGUGGAGCUGGGUGGCCUUGCUGACCAUUCAUAUCUGAGGCACCCGGAGGGCCCUGGUCUCACAACAACCCAUACGUAAAGACCACAGUAAUUACACCAGUGAGUACUUAUACUCACAAAAUGAGUAAUAUUUAAACCAAUAAUAAAUUGGAAUGCAAUUCUG